AUGAACCAGAACCGGUACGCCACCAAGAAGACCGUGGCGCAGGGCUUGCUGGACGUGGCCCUGCUCACGGCCAACACAACGCAGCUCAAGAACGUCAUCCUGCGGGGCGCCCAUCAGGAAUUCUACACCCUGCUGCUGGUGCUCCUCAGCCUCUCCAUAGGGCUGCAGAUCAUGGUGGGCGUCAUCUUCCUCCUGCUGGGUUUCAUCAACGUCAACAACGAGAAGAACCACCGACUCGCCAACAUUCUCAACAACGUAUCCACCGCCGCCGUGUUCGGCAUCACGGUCGUCAACAUAAUGACGGCGUCCUUUGAUGGCCGUGAAGGUGCCGUCGGCCUGGUGCUCCAGCAGCAGUCCAAUCUGGGCACGUCCUCGGCGCCCCACUGA